GUCCCAACCCUUCAAAGUCCAAAGCUCUCUCCCAUUUUCUCUCUCUUUCUGUUCAGCGUUAGAUAAGAAAAAAGAAAAGAGAAGAGUAACCAACGCACCACACCACACCACAACACUUUCUCUCUCUUUCUAUCACCAGCUUCUCCCUCCUCAUGAAGAAGCUCUACCAUAAAGGGACGGUUCACCCGUCGCCACCCCUCAUCUCCGACCAACUCUCCUUCCUCCCGGCGGCCAUCCUCACCCUCGCGGCGGCGCUCUCACCCGAGGACAGAGAAGUCCUCUCCUACCUCAUCUCCUGCUCCUCCUCCGCCACCUCCACCUCCACCUUCUCCGGCAACGCGCGGCGGAAAACCGGCGCGGAAACCGAACAUUCCCCUUCAUUCAGCUGCAGUUGCUUCUGCUGCUACACGAGUUACUGGGUUAGGUGGGACGAGUCACCGAAUCACCAGCUCAUACACGAGAUCAUCGACGCCUACGAGGAUUCGCUUUCGAAAAAGGGCAACAAGGGUAAGAAGAACGGUAAGGGAAAGAAAGAGAAGAGGAACAACAAGAAAGGGUGUAGUAGCACUACUACUAGUAGUAAUCACACGCACGAGCACGCGCAUUCGAGCGAGUUGAAGCGCUCCGAGUUAGCGAGUUCGCCGAGUCGCGAAUCGGCCGAGUCGGAACCGGUGGUGGAGAUUCACACUAAUAUUAGUGGCGAUGAAAGUUGUGAAGGGGUUGUGGUUGAAGAGAAAGGGUCGGUGAGAAGGUUCAUGAGUUUCGUUGGUGAAAGGAUUUGGGGCGCGUGGGGACAGUGAGCCAAUGAAUGAUGGAUGAAUUCCCAAGAGAAAAAAUAAUGAAAGAAGAAAAUUAGAUAAUGAAGAGAAAAAAGAAGAGGAAAGGUAGGUUUAGAUUUUAAGAUUUACACCUCCUCUCUUAUUUUCUUUUUUCCUUUUUUUUUGUACAUUAAUCACUGCUACUACCCUGCAAUGUCUAAAAAGAAAUGGCCGUUUGGUUUUGUAAUUCAGGGUUUUUUUUUUUGUUAUAUAUAAUCUCUCAAUCAAGUCAUAAUACAUAUCAAGUUAUGAAUCCUCUUGUUUCAUUUUUCAA